UCGUAAACAACAGCAGAAGCCACCACAACGUGAGUAUUGUUUGCAAGCAAUGUAACUUCUUAAUAACGAUGGAAUAUACAGUGCCCAAGGAAUAUACAGUGCCCAAGUACCCCGUUGUAGGGGAACCGGGAUUGGAACAGUUCCCAGGUGGCCUGGCUCAUGGCCAGGACUACAGCUUUCUGCAGAACAUCCUGGUGGACGGCGGCAGCCAGUUCGGCGUCACUGCGCUGGCCUUUGAUACCCAGGAAGAGCUGCUCUGGAUGGGAAAUCAGGGGGGCCAUGUGACGUCAUACUAUACCUGGCAGCUGCAGAAGUACACGUCUUUUCAAGUGCACGCCACUAACGAGGUGCGCCAGUUGCUGACCAUCGAUGCCGGCGUCCUGUCUCUCACCUGCAACACCCUUCGUCUCAACAACCGCAGAGGACUGAUUGCAUUCCACCACAGCUCUGAAGAAUUGACAGACUUGAACUGCAUGGCACUGUCACCCUCUGGUUCCUUACUGAUGGGUGGUAAUCAGACCAGCCUCAUUGAGCUGGAUCUUGCCACGGGAGAGCAGACCACAGUUGCCGACAUUGGGGGUAACGGCUGCGCAGUCAUAAGGAGGCACCCGCGCUUUAUCUGCUGUGCUGACUUCACGGGCAAGGUCACACUGCGAGACUCGUCGACUUUUAAGGUUGAGUACACAUUAGAAUCGCUUUCGGAAACUGGUAUGCUGUCUGACUUUGAUGUGCUUGGCAACAUGGUCGUCACGUGUGGCUUUGCCAACAGACAUGGUACAAUUACAGUGGAUCCAUUCAUAAAAGUCUAUGACCUGCGUGUCAUGCGGGCUGUGGCACCAAUCCAGAUGAUGUUUCCACCUACACUGCUGCGCUUUGUUCCUGCCUUCACUUCUCGGCUCUUCGUUGUCUCUCAGGCUGGUCAGUUCCAGCUGGUAGACACAAGCACACUGACCCAAGCAUCAUACAUCUACCAGCUGGAAACCGGAGGUGCGCUUGUUCACACCUUUGACACUUCCUCAUCCUGUCAAGCCUUGGCUUUUGGAGAUAAUGCUGGAUACCUUCACCUCUAUGGGGCCAGUGCUCAUGUCAACUUUAAUAACUUCAGCCAACCAACCGAAUUCGCUGACCCAGAAGAGCCUCUGCACCCGAUUGAUAUCAAUGAUGAGAUAGCCCCCCUGUCCGCCAUACCCAUGCCCUACUGCAGUGGCAAGCUGGUCUCGGACCUGCCCAAGGAGUUCAUUAAGUAUGUUUACAGGAGGCCAGUUCCGAUUGAUCCCGUCAUCUUGAACACCAUGAAAAUGGUGGGCUCCAUUGGUUAUGCCCCAAAUCCUGGUCUCUGGAAGCGCAACGAAGUGCGCUACCCACACGAAGCACACCACCGUAGGACCAAGGAAACCCGUGAAGAGACUGACAUGAUCCCACAAUGGUAUAAGAAGAUUGAUGUGAAGUACUCCAAAAUGGGCAUUGAAGAUUUUGACUUUAAUCUCUACAAUCGCACGUGCUUUGCAGGCCUUGAGACGAACCUGCCUAAUGCGUACUGCAACAACAUGAUUCAGGUUCUGUACUUCACGGAGCCCUUGCGCUGUGCCAUCAUGAACCACAGCUGCCAGCGAGAGUUCUGCCUCGCGUGUGAGCUGGGCUUCCUGUUCCACAUGCUGGACACUGCCCAGGGAAUACCCUGUCAGGCAAGCAACUUUCUCCGUGCAUUUCGCACUAUUCCGGAAGCAUCUGCCUUGGGCCUCUUGCUUUCUGAUUCCGAUGAUGCUCGCAAGAAGGUCAAUUUCCCACGACUCGUGCAGAGCUGGACACGAUUUGUGCUUCAACAGAUACACUCAGAAACACCAGAAGUUCCAGAUGAUGACAUGCAGAAAAUGGAAAAAGCUGGCGAGAUGGGCAGCCAGGUGAGCAAGCUCUUUGGCUGGACGCUGCUCAAUUCCAACCAAUGCCGUUGCGGCAACAUCAGAGAGAAAGAGUCAACCACCCUACUGUGCUCCCUUGUCUAUCCCGACCCUCUGCCACCUGUUCCUGAACGUGUCACACCUCACUAUCCUUUCACUGAGAUAUUGAAGCGAAGCCUUUGCCUCGAAAGUACCAUGCCAGCCUGGUGUGACAAAUGUGAGAAAUACCAGCCCACGCUACAAAGCAAGAGGCUAAAGUCAUUACCAGAAAUACUGACUGUCAGCUCAGGUUUGGAAAAUCAGCAGGACCUCAACUUCUGGCAGACACAAAUUGAGAUGUUUGGCAACAAAGACAGCAAAGCAAUGUCAUUCUGUUCAUCGGCUCCUGUGCCCAAGCGGUGUCGGUACGGUAACUGCUGCACUCGGGCUGGCUGCAAGUUCUUCCAUGAAAAAGACAAAGGAAAGAGGUAUGUGGCCUGCAAAGUGGAUGUGGACACAAGUGUUCAAAGUGCCUGUUCUUGGCUUCCCUUGUCUAUACUCAUCACACUAAAUCACGACGGAACGGUGAACAUUUGUCGAGCUGACUGUAAGAGUGAAGCGUCCACUUCUCAAGACGCAAGCUCGGACCCCGGGAAAGACGACAGCGUGGCUGUAAAAGUCAAAGAGACGAGUGCGGAGAAAGGACAGGCUAGUAACAACAAUGAAGAACAUGACUCUGAGAUGAAGGAGAAAGGGGGUAAAGUUGAGGGCCAGAGGGAAGAGGCCAAAGCAGUCCUGUAUGAGUUGACAUCGGUGGUGUCUGUGGUGAACAACAGCCGCACCAACAUUGUGAGCUGCAUCCGGGUGGGGCCCUCCUACCACAUCCAUCACCAGGGGGGACCGGCCACCCAGUGGUACCUCUUCAACGACUUCACCAUCGUGCCCAUUUCUCCCGAAGAAGCUGUAUGGCUUCCUUUGGACUGGAAACUACCAUGUGUUCUGCACUACACAGUUGCUGACAGUUCGAACAGGUCUCACGAAACAGUGAAGGCACCUCUGUCAGCAGACGUGUUCCAGCAAGACAUCUCCUUAGCGGCAAAUGGUGGUCGGCGCCAUGUCACCUUCACUCCGCUUUCACCGAGCGAGAUACUGACACAGGGUGACAUUGUUGCUAUGGAUGCAGAGUUCGUCACCCUAAACCAAGAAGAGGCGGAGAUACGAAGUGAUGGAACACGGUCUACCAUUCGUCCUUCCCACAUGUCCGUUGCCAGGAUCUCGUGCAUUCGGGGGCAAGGGCCCCUUGAAGGAAUUCCAUUCAUUGACGACUACAUUGCCACUCAAGAACAGGUGGUGGACUACCUGACCCAGUUUUCAGGCAUCCAGCCUGGUGACCUGGAUGUGACCAUCUCGUCCAAGCAUCUCACUACACUUAAGGCUACUUAUCGCAAGCUUCGCUACCUCGUGGACGAAGGAGUUAUCUUUGUGGGUCACGGCCUCAAGAAUGACUUUAGAGUCAUCAACCUUGUUGUGCCUGCUGACCAAGUGAUUGACACUGUGCUUCUUUUUCAACUGCCAAACAAGAGAAUGGUAUCUCUGCGUUUCCUGGCCUGGCAUUUCCUCGGACUGAAAAUACAAUCCAAGAUGCAUGACUCCAUCGAGGAUGCAAAGACAGCACUUCGGCUGUACCGCAAGUACCAGCAGCUUGAGAGGGAAGGGCGGGUCACUGAGUCCUUGAAGGAGAUGUACGAGGCCGGCCGCAAGUCCUCGUGGAAGGUUCCCGGAGCAGACGAGGAAUGACAGUGCGAUCACCUCUGGGCCGCAGUGGAAGGCUGCUGGCCGCCCAAUCUGGACGCCCAGUGAGGCCAGUCGAGGGCGGAGCAUACAACACUGCAGGUGCCAGUUGAGUUGCCUAACGAGUUGCCCGGAGGUAUAUUGAGUUGCCCGGAGUUGCCCGGAGGUAGUUGCCUUAAGGUAAUGUGGCAGCUCUAGCGCGCAUUUUGCUGGCCCUGUACCAGGAGUUUGAGCAACUGCUGUCUCAAGUUAUUAGACAUAGAACAGAGCAGGAGGAAGGUAACUUUGAUUAGUUCCGACAGAUCUAAUACUGGUGCCACAUGGUCACUCUUGAUGGGAUCUAGACGGACCUGCAUGGAAGUUUUUGAUCGUGAUAGGUUCCUUCACGCAAGGUGCAGAAAGGAGCUAAUAACUGUUCGCAAACUUGAUUCCAGUUGGGCUUAGUUGUGAUCAGCAAUGCACCGUGUGGCACCUCUAUGAGAUCUGUUAGCAGUCGAAAAGUAUGGAGAUUUGAAAUUAACUAUCAAUGUUUGCACUGCAGAAUUUAUGUCUGUGAGUAUCCAAAAGAAAUGAUAAAUUUCAAGAAGGCUUUAAAUUAGCCUGUUUAGUUAGCCAGUUAUCUUCAGUUAUCUUCUGGCGUAGUGUUUUGCAGUUUUGAAAUUGAGUCCAUCCAGAGCGUAAGGCAAAUGUUCCAGCAGGAGUCUCGUGAAUGGCACUUGUUCAGAGGGCUUCGUUACCAAACCUGUAGUGUUAUGAAUUGGCAUUCCAGUUUUCAUUAUUUGGCAUUGCCCUUCUUCAAAUUAUGCAGGUCAAUACCAUCUGGUGAAUUGGUGUAGCAUUCAGUUACACAUUUCGGGAAUCGAUAUCAUGUCAGUCAAUGCUAAUUUUGGUAUUCCAACUGAGUGAACGUACAUGAAGCACUGACCCUCUUCGAAUCUCGUCAUACCAUUAAUAUUUUCUCAAGUGCCCAAAGUCUAUAAAUGAAACACUUAUAAAACAGAAUUGAGUUAGUGGAGUUGUUUAGUGGAAAAUUUCACCCUAUCCCCUGUUUCCUCAACUGGCGUAAUAUUUUGUCUGGCAAAAAUACACCUUUUCAUGUUCCUUAAGUUCCGCCGAUUUCAUAACUUGAGACAGUUGUGGCUGACACAGUAUGUAAGUGGCCAACAAUGUGCUAUUGCAUAUGGAAGUGUAAUCUGGGCCAGAUAGCAGCAAAUUCAUCAUCCUUGCCUGUUGAAGCUGUUCAAGAUGGGCUAUUCUCAAAUGCCCAAUAACUUAAGAAAACAUGCUUAACUAUAAAUGUGGUUCCACCUGACCUGUCUUAUCGGAGUGCCUGGGAAACUUCAAGACAGUACACAACAGUUAACCUCACGAAAUGCCACUGCAAGAUGUCAACUAUAAUUAGCAGUGCCAUUCUAUGUUUGGGAAUGCUGCUGAAGUUUGGUAUAGAUGUGAUUGUGUUGAACGUUUUUAUAUUUUUCUGUGGCUAAAAGUGAGCACGAGUAGCUGUAUUAAAACUGCAGCAUUUUUAAAGGCUUUGUCCCAUCAAUUUGAACACAGAUGGUCUUUGCAAUUGCAGUUUUUUGUAUCUUUGUUAAGCUAUCUGUCCAUAAUGGCUCUGCAACUGGACCUCUGUCUUGUAAGAACAGUAACGUAAGAAUGGCAGUACAUAAAGUGUACAUUAGUACUGGUCAAAAUUGAAAUGGUUGGUGUGGACAGUUUUCGCACAGCUUAAAAAAAAAAACACAAUUCAACUGAGAGGUCAUGUGCAACUUAAACAUGUCCUGAAUUUAGUGUUGGUCGUAGACCUUCACGCCUCUUGUGUCUGCUAGGAUAUACUAUUUUGUGAUAUGAUGUAUAGGCAUCGGUUAGUGUUAUUGGCAUGGAGCAAUGAAACUGUUCGUUGCUGCCAUUGGUAUUGUGUUCUGGUUAAUCAUGUGGAAGAUACAUCUUACAGACAGCAACUGUAAUUUCAUGUACUUGAAUGAUGUGAGUAUAGCAUAACGUUUGUUCUUUUACUUGGAAACAAUGUAUUACUUAUCAACAAAGAUUAUAACAAUAUCAAAUCUAUCAGAUGGGUUGCACUGUGAAAGCUUAACAGGGUCUUUGUACUAUCUACUUUGGUUUUAUAUGUGCUACGCUUGCCACGACACUUACUAACAAACUGAACAGCAAGCCGGUACAGGUGUUGUUGGUUUCGUACAUGCUUGCUGUACCAUGCCAGCAGUAGAAAUUGUGUGUCGUUAAAUUCCUCUACUCAUCACUGUCUGAUCUUUCACAUGCCUUACACGCUACCAGCCUAAGCUCAUUUGAACAGCUACGAGCAGAACUUUUAACACUGCGCUGAUUAACGUUAAGUCCAGUAGUCAUGGUAAAGAGCCUUCAGAAAGGUACCCAUUAUUUCAGGAGGCUCUUGGAGUUAUCUGCUCUGGGUAGCUGUUUAAUCAGUUCUGCACUGAUCUGGCAGCAAUAUGACUUGGUUUAGUUGGUUGAAUUGCCUUUCGAACUGUAGUCUAGUGAAAGUAAUAUGGCGGGGUAACACUCCUUUCUUUUUUGACUGUGGUAUAUUCGUUUCUUCUCAUGCAUCUCAAUGUGCACGGAUGCCCAUUUUGCAGGUUUUUUAUGCAUUAAUCAUUUGUGAGUGUGCAAUGUUUUAAGGGGAGACGUGGGUCUACUUUUUUUAAAUAGGUGGCCGGAUGGAACGAAAUUUAGUACACUUAUUGAGUUUUUCUGUGCAUUCCAAAUUUCUGAGUAGAUUUUUAUUAAGCGGCAUUAGAACAAAAAGUAUACUAUUUCACCAUUUUGUAGCACAAUUCAUAUGGGGAUUUUUGGCAUCUUCUUUUCGUCAAACACAAUAUCAAUGUAUGCAUUCAAAUUUCCCAAAAGCUGCUCUUGCUGCUGAUGGUAUUUGUUUUCUUAUCAUAUUGUUCACCAUACUAUAAUUCUCAAUAAUCCUAAACUGUUCGAAGCAAGGUUUUUUCCAUUAUAUUUUUGUCUGUUUAUAUUGCACUCAGAGUUGAAUGUAAAUAAUCAAAUUAGCAUAAUUCACUACACUAGCUUUCUGGCAGUCAUGCCAUACACUUGGUUACUGUGUUUAACAAAUCAAAAUUGUCAAAAAGCAUUGUUGGAAAUGUGCUUUCAGAAAUUUCGUAUCUUUUAUUCUAAUGCUGAUAAUAAAAAUAUACUUGAAUAUUCAGAAUCUGUAAAAAAAGAAAAGUGAUUAUGUUCAAUUUAAUUCAGUUAACUCUACUAAUGAAAAAGAUUUUUUGAAGACCCACGUCUCUCAUAAACUUUUGUGUAAUCCUUGCAAGGCCAGUGUGUUGUCCUAUGUCUCGUGAGAAACCAUAAUCAUGUAAAUAAUGCCAAGGAGUGAUUUCAUAGGCAUGCUUGCGAACCUGCAUGCUGGGCAACUGUAGAAUUCUUGCCUUGAACUUAGUUUCACUGAGGGCCAAGUCAUGGAGGAAACCUGUGACUCGCACGAAACUUUUGCCAAAUUUUUUCUUCUCUUGAGAACACACUUUGAGCAUUGCAGUGAACUUGGUAGUACUUACAUGCCACAUUGCAUAGCCUUGUUAUAAACGUAUGGUCACCUAUUGCUACUGUACAUCUUGUACUAUGUAACACCAAGAAUCCAUGAUCUGGAUAAGCCUAUUGAAUAUUUGAUACUGUGCCAAUAAGGUGGGAUCAACAGUAUCAGUAUUGUGUGACAAUCCAGUAUAGAAGGAAAAAAAUAUGCCACGCACAGUUUAAGAAAAAGUGUUUCUGCCACAGGGUCAUGUAUGCAGUUUUUACAUUGAAGCCAUAUUUAGCAGAAAAAUAUCUUCAUCAAAUAAUUCAUUACAUACAUGCACUUGUGACAUGUUGAUAUUGGCAAGAAAGAUUUUGGGUUUACCUUGUUGAUGUUUGUUGUCGAUAUUGAGGUCUGAAUUUGUUUUAAACUCUUUAUAUUGGGCUGAAACGGCAACAUAAGCAUGAUCGAGCCUUCUUACUCAUUGUUAGCGAUUCAUAAGAUCUUGUAUUGCAGCACUAUUGUAUAUUGAGAAAUAGGUGCCACAUCGAGGUAUGUUGAACUUUUCUUACGAUCUAUCAUAAUGUUCUAAGUAUUGGCUUCACAGUUCAGAGUGCUGGAGUUUUAGCAAAAGUUAUUUUGGUGAGGGGAAAGUAUUUGUUCGGUGUCGUAGUUUUUAUUCACAGAUUGAUCCUUUCGAAACUGGCAACAAAUCUGAUCAGGAGUUUGCACAGUGUAUAGCAUGCUGUGCAGGGGUAGAGAUGUUGCGGCUUUUAAUGUAUAAAUCAUUUACACACGAUACAAAAGACAGUAGAUUGAAGGCUUCUAUGCAUUUUUGUGGCUUCUUGCACUGUUCGUUCUUGCUUCAAAGCAAGCGCAACAGCCUGACAAAGGUGCAGCAUCAAAACGUUUCAUUUUUCAUAGUAAAUUUAAGAAUACAAAGUCAAGCUGCUCUGUCUUACAGUCAUGUAGAUUUAUUUUAUUGCCUUUCUCAUUAUGUUUUGCACAUUAGCAGUUUUUUUUUCUCUUCUAAGAAUCUUUUCAACUCACACAUGAUCAUUGGAAGUAAUGGAAAGAAAAACAUUGGCUAAAUUAAGAAAGUUGCCAUUUUCUCACAGUUUACAAAUUGGCAACAAUGUAUCCUCCUUUCGCCGUUUUCCGUACAUACUGUAGUCUCGAUAAUCCAAACUUGAGGCCAAAAGAUGUUGCCUUGACACACACUCGAGUAUGUGGAAGCAAAACCAUAAAUUUUUGUUUAAUUUCUUUCGGUGACGCUUUGACUAGUGUGAAUGUGACUUUUCUUUGUCCCUUCGUUUAGUGUUUAUUAGUUUAUUCCUGACAAAAUAAGAAAAAAGGGGAAUGAUGAAGGCACACUUCUCAAGGUUUUACACCAAUCAUUGUCAUUUCCUGAGCGAAUAAGUAGACUGAUUUGCUUUGUUGUAAUGCACACCCAAUCAUCACUGCCAGGUAAAAAAAGGGCAACAUGCUGUGGUGAGCAUUUGCGAGUUUCUGAUAGUAAGAAAACGUUACUGACAGUUGGCUCUCCCUUGAGAAAUGGAAAAUUAUUUUAUUGAUGAGGUAAGUUGUUGCUGCAGAAGACUGUUUAUCACUAUGACUGCCCAUACCAAAUGAUCAUUUCUUAGGAGGCCACUGUAGCCUACCAGUUGUGUCUAAAACUGCCUGUUUAACUUGAAGGAGUGGGCAUGAAUAUACUGCCACUCAUAUGAUAGCAUACAGAUAUGACUACAGAGACUUUAGUAGCCAUUAUAACUGCAUGUUGACAUUGCAGGUUUAGCAGGCAUACUUGUAUCGAAUGUUCAUACUAUUUUUAACAAAUAUUUUUGAAAAAAGGUGUGCAUUAGAAUGGAGUGAGUAUUGUGCCCUCCUUGAAUUCAAUAUUUUUUUGCUGAACAUCUGUUCUUUCUUUUGGUGGGAGGGGGGAUGAUACACUCAGGUAAAUUGCUCAUUGUAUUGUUGUGUUUUACAAUUUUUUGGAAGUUUCUUUAUAACGCUUAAAAAAAUUUUUGUAAUUGCUUCAGGCCUUGUGGUUAAUUCUUACUGUGUUCACUUUCUGAUCUCAGUGGGCAAGUGUUUACUGUAAAUCUGUGAUGUUGCAUCAAUCGUUUAUCGAUAUUAUGUACAUUCACUGUAAUUUUUAUGUGCAUAAUAAAGAUGUUCAUUAUUUUUAA